UAGGGGGAAAAUCCCCCCAAAAUUCAAGAGCCCACCGAUGUGGGACAAAUUUGCCAAACUUCAACACCCAGGAUAUGCAGUCGACGGGAUAUUUUCAGUGAUAUCAGAUGUCUUUAGCUUUGGAGUAUUAGUACUAGAGAUUGUGAAUGGAAAGAAGAAUAGACGAUUUGUUCAUCCAGACCACCACCUAAACCUUCUUGGACAUGCAUGGAUACUUGAUAAAGAAGGAAGGCAAUUGGAGCAGAAUCCAGAGGACAGGCCAAAUAUGUCUACUGUGAUUAUGAUGCUGAGCAAUGAAGGCAUUUUGCCCCCACCUAGACAUCCUGGCUUCUUCACUGAAAGGAAUGUUAAAGAUGUUGAAUUUUCUUGGAGUACACAAACACCAAGUUCUAUAAACGAAGUUACCAUCACAUUGUUGUAUGCUUGAUAAGAAGCAUGUCCAUUGUAGUUUCCAUGUUUCUUCAUUUCUCAGAAUUGUAUUAAAAUGCUCCCCUUCUUUUCUUUAUUAGGUAUAGUUAGAAGAAAAUUUUGUAGUAAUUCUAUUGUAAUAUGUCUACAUUUUAAGUUAGGCUUUGAGUUCCAUUUCCUACUCCUAUU